AUGAGGCAAAGCAGAAAGGCGGAAAGUGCCGAGACUGGUUUCUUCGGUAAUAUUUCGUCCUCUUCCAUCAAAAGCUUUCUUCCCAGAUCAAUCUCUUCCAAACAGAAGUCUAUCUCAAACCCUAAAAUCCCCAAACCAAAUAGCGAAAAUACUCCACCAUCUGAUCCAAACAUCCAAGUUUGCGAUGACCAAUCGUCGGCUGCCACAACGAAGCAAGUACAGUCCAAAGCCCCAUCUUCCCAGCCCGAAGUUGUUGAAGCGGAUGCUUCUCAGGACUCCCCAGUUAAGGUUGUAAUACAAAUCAGACCUGCUAAUAACGAAGGAAGAGAAGGAGAUGAGACCAUUAAGAAGGUUUCACCUGAUACAUUAUGUAUUGCGGACAAACAAUUCACAUUUGAUUCGGUUUUUGAUUCAAAGUCCAAUCAGGAAGAUAUUUUUCACUCAGUUGGAGUCCCAUUAGUUAAAAAUUCUUUAGCUGGUUACAACACUUCGCUUCUGUCAUAUGGACAGUCUGGAACUGGAAAGACUUGUACAAUGUGGGGUCCCCUAAGUGCCAUGGUUGAAGAACCCUCGCGUUAUAGUAAGCAGGGAAUGGCUCCUCGGAUCUUCAGAAUGUUAUUUUCUGAACUUGAGAAAGAGCGACACGAAGGGAAACAGUUCAAUCAUCAAUGUCGUUGUUCUUUCCUUGAGAUAUGCAAUGAGAAAAUUGGGGAUUUGCUUGAUCCAGUCCAGCAAAACCUUGAGCUGAAGGAAGAUUCCAAUAAUGCAUUGUAUAUUGAGAAUUUGACAGAGGAAUACGUCACUAGCUACGAGGAUGUGGCACGAAUUCUUAUAAAGGGCCUUUCAAGCAGAAAAGUUGAAGCAGCAAGCUUAAAUUCUGAGAGCUCCACAUCACACAUCAUUUUCACUUUUACAAUUGAGUCUUGGUGCGAGGGAAUCUCAUCAAAGGGUUUGAGGAGCUCAAAAUCAAGCAGAAUAACCCUUAUUGAUCUUGCUGGAUUGAACGAAAAUAAAAUUGAAGAUAUAGGUAGACCAUGUCUAAGGGCAAGCAAAAAUUUGAAGAAGUCCUCAUUUGACAUUGGGCACCUAGCGGAUGCUCUGACUGAAGAAACUCAGUCUGUCAAGUCCGCAGAAAUUACUAACAGGAGUUCUUGUUUAACACGCUUACUACAAGGAUCACUCGGUGGAAAUGUCAAACUCUCAGUAAUAUGUUCCAUCUCCCCUGAUAACAAGAGUAAUGGCGAAACACUGUGUACUCUUAGAUUUGGACAACGAAUAAGAUCCAUUAGGAACAAGUCAGUUAUCAGUGAAUUACAAGAGGAUGGAGCUAAUGGUUUGAGUGAUCAAAUCCGGCAGCUAAAGGAAGAACUUAUUAGAGAAAAGACUAAUGCUCAUAAUUCAACUGGGAGUAAAAAUGGAUACUUCCAAGGAUGCAAUGCUCGGGAAAGCUUGAAUAAGUUGAGAGUCAGCUUAAACCGCUCUUUAGUCCUACCUCACAUAGAUAAUGAUACCGAUGAAGAGGUAAAUGUGGAUGAAGCUGACAUAAAGCAAUUAAGCAAGCAGAUUAAUGAUUUGUACGGUUCAUGUGAAAUUGAUCAUCCAAGAGACAUAUCUGUCGAUGAAGAUGGUUCCCAGGUUUAUUCCGUUGAUGAAAGUUUUGAUGCUGACAUGAUUGAGGGCGAUGACAUUGCAAGAGAGGAAGUAAAUUCAGAAAAAACUGUGAGCAAGCUUCGUCAUGAGGAUGAAAUGGCUCCAUCGUGCAGUUUAAGGGCGAUUAAAUCUUCAUCUAGAAACAGCAUUUCAGUUGGCUCUCCGACCUUGGAACCCCCGUUGUCGGAGUCUCCAAAAAUCAGAAAUACACAAAGGAAAAGCAUGGCUGUUUCGUCAAGUUAUCUUGGAGGUUGGAAUAACGCAGCAGGGAGUUUGAACUAUAGUAAGGACAGGUUAAGGCAAUCGGGCAAGGUUUUGCCGGGCCCCACUGAGUCCUUGGCAGCCAGUCUUCAGAGAGGCUUACAGAUAAUUGACUAUCAUCAGCAGAACUCUGCAUUGAACAAAUCUUCAACUUCCUUCUCCUUUGAGCACUUAACCUUGAAGCCCUGCUCAGAAAUCGAAGAGGUUGAUUCUUCUAUGCAAACACAGGAGAAACCUUCAAGUGAUGUAGUACCUGCUAUUUUCCUCUGUGGAUCUUGUGGCAAAAAAGAAAGCUUGGAAGAUAGGGUUCCAAAACAUUUGGAAAAUGAAAUGGCAAGAGCCAUCAAGAGAGAGCAGGAGCUUGAAAUCAUUUGCAAGGAACAAAGAGAUAGAAUUGAACAGCUAAGUCAGUUGGUCGAGAAAUACAAAGGUGAAAAGGAAAUAAACUCCAUCAUUGUGUAUGAUGAAGCCACCGACAGGAAGAUCGAAGAUGAAGAGUACAACUCGUCAAAAGAUCAAGAAAAGCUUCUGAGCGGCUCUAUCUCAGAAAAUCUUCUACGACAUAUUUCCGAGGGAAAAUCAGAAAUUAAAGAAGUCCAAAAAGAUUUUCCUCGAAGAGACAACUGUUUUGACGAUAGUGAGAAGGAAGAACUUCUGAAGGAAAUUCAGAAUCUAAGAAAUAAGUUGCACUUAUGUGGUGGUGGUGAUGCACCAGUUAAAAAAUCUACAGAUAAAUUAAGAUCUUCAUUGAUAUCCAGAUCCAUACAGCUGCAAAAAAGUGGUGGAUUUUUUCAGGCUAACGGUGGGGAAGAGCCAGAGAAAGAAAGACAAAGAUGGACAGAAAUGGAAAGUGAAUGGAUUUGUCUCACUGAUGAACUGAGAGUUGAUCUUGAGUCAAACCGUCAGCAUCUAGAGAAGGUGGUGAUGGAAUUGAUGUUAGAGAAGAAGUGCAAGGAAGAGUUGGAAGAUGCAUUGAAAAGAGCGGUUGAAGGGCAUUCGAGAAUGAUUGAACACUAUGCUGAACUACAAGAAAGAUAUGAUGACGUGUCUGCAAAGCACACUGCUAUUAUGGAAGGAAUAGCAAAAAUGAAGCAGGCGGCAGCAAAGACAGGCAAAAAGAGCCAUGCUAAAUUUGCCAAAUCUCUUGCAGCUGAGCUUUCUACAAUGAGGGUAGAGAGAGAAAGGGAGAGAGAAUUUUUGAAAAAGGAGAACAGAAGCCUCAAGAUUCAACUUAGAGACACUGCAGAAGCUGUGCAUGCAGCUGGAGAACUACUCGUUCGACUUAGAGAAGCCGAGCAUGCAGUAUCCGUCACCCAGGAGAAUUUUGCAAAUGUACAAGAAGAGAACGAGAAGUUGAAAAAGAAAAUAGAGAAGCUCCAAAAGAAACAGAAGAUGGAGAUGACAACCAUGAAGCAUUACCUAGCAGAGAGCAAAUUACCAGAGGCUGCACUGAAACCACUGUAUAGAGAGGACUCAUAUGAUGUUGCACGUAACAAUGCAUAUGAUGAUGAUGAUCAAGCAUGGAGAGCAGAAUUUGGAGCAAUCUAUCAAGAGCAUUACUAGUUAUCAUCUAUUGCCUGUGAAUUACUAACUGGUUGAUGUGAUACCUGUUAAUCUGGUUCUGGCUUCUGAUCCUCCUUGGAUCAAAAGCAUCCCUUACAGUAGCCAUUUGUGUAUUCUCAUUGAUUCAUUGUUUUCCUUUUUGGUUUUCUAAUAACUUGGUACAUUCUUCGUAUUGUCUUAUACUUCGUAUUAAUUAUACAUUGUUCUGUUUGAUACACUGGAGGAGCAGAGCAAUUGAAGGCAAAAAAGGCAUAAUAUUUUAGAGUUGA